UUUCCAUGCUUCCCCGCUCCCCACCCUGAGCCCCUCUCUCUGUUUUGCAGCUCAGCUCUGACACCUGACAGCCCCCGGCCCGGUUCAGCCGCUCGAGAGCUGCUGAUGUUUGUAUUUUUGUUGUAUUUUUAUGCACCCUGCCCUUCUCUCAGUUUAUUGCCAUCGCCCCUCCAGCGAGAAAAAGGAAAACACUCUGAAGUCGCGCAGAGACGCUGUGUGAUGAGGAGGAGGAGGAGGAGAGCCAGCGGGGCUGUGCUGUGAGCCGGAGGUCCUGUCCCAGUGGAUCCACUUCGCCUGGCUCCAUCCUCAGCUCAGCAUCUGUCCGUCUGUCCAUCCAACCACCCACCCAUCCGCACCCACCAUGCUCAACUCGGAGCAGACGGAGCUCGACCUCCCCCCCGCGCACUCCGAGCCCGAAUCCGUCUUCAGCGACUGCGGCCGCAUGGGCAGCGCGGAGGAAUCUGGCGUCGCGUUGUGCCCGCAGCCCCGCGGGGCCGAGCAGGGGGAGGCGGUGAAGAAGGACCUGCAGCACCUGAGCCGGGAGGAACGGCGACGGCGGCGACGAGCCACGGCCAAAUACCGCACGGCCCACGCCACGAGGGAGCGCAUCCGCGUGGAAGCCUUCAACAUGGCCUUCGCCGAGCUGCGCAAGCUGCUGCCCACGCUGCCGCCCGACAAGAAGCUCUCCAAGAUCGAGAUCCUCCGCCUGGCCAUCUGCUACAUCUCCUACCUGAACCACGUGCUGGAUGUCUGAGCUUCCCAACCUGUGUCUGUUUGUCUGUCCGGCCACCCGUCCGUUUCCAACCCAAACAUGCUGGGCCGAGGGCUUGAGUACGUCUGUCCAGAUGUGACCCAACCAUGCUGCUCCUGUAUCUGUCUGACUGCUCGGAUGGACCGAAUCCCACCUGCCCUCUCUGCCUCUAUCCAAACUGCAUCUCCCCACCACCAAGCCCACAUCCAUCUGUCUGUCCGUCCUGCCUGAGCCAAGCAGGCUGUUCCGCCCAUCAGACGUCUGUCUGUCCUGCUGGACCUGCUGCCUGAAGCCCGUCUGUUCCCAACGUCUGUCCGUCCUUCUGCUGCAUGUCCCGCCGAUAGCGCCAGCAGGAUCCUGAGCCCACAUCCGUCCAUCUGUCCCCACAGCCAUCACCUGGUCCACCUUCACCCAUGUCUCCUCUUUUCUACGAGCCACAAACUGCACCAUGAGGCACCAAGCAGCCCAUAGUCCCAUCCGUCUGCCCCUCCAGCCACAGGGCACCACCUGGGGACCACCCCCCCUCCCCAGCGCUCUGCCCUGUGCACAGAGAAGCCCCUCCAGCUCCAUCUUGGUGGGGCACAGAGUGCUCAAGUGUGCUGCAGAUGUAGGGCAGGAUCCGGCCACACUGCACCAUGAACAGCUGCACAGUGCCUGAGGCUGCACUGGCCUAUGCCUGGCUGGAGCUGCUGUCACCUGGGGCCCGGCUGAGCCCUUCUGCUGCACACCCAACCUCCCCAAUGCCUCCCACUGUGGGAGCACCUCAUCCCAGAGCUGUGCAUCCCUUCCUGCACCGCCCUCAGCUCUGCGCAGAGUGAGCGUGGAACCCCUGGCCCUUUACACACUCCUUUUUGCACCAACAUCCCCGAGAACCCCGAAGCAAUCUUCACACCCUGCCUCUUCCUCUGCCUCCCCCGUUAUUUUCUAAGAGUUAAUUUUGCACUGGCGGUGGCAGGAGCACAAGCAGAGCUCCCCAGGGUCCAGGACAGAGCAGAAAGUGCCCGCUGUGCCCAAAGGCAGUGCGCUGCUCACUGCAGGGUGGGACAUGGCCCAGCUCCAUCCCUGUCCUUGCACUGCCCACAGCUCCAGCCCCCAUCACCCUGCAUCCCCAGCGCUGCCUCCAUCCCAUGGGACGUGCUUGGGGAUGUGGCAUCCCCAAGGGACACGCACAGAGCAGGGCAGCCCACCCAUCCCCUCCACUCAGCCCACACCCCUGCGCCACGAGGAUAUUUAUUGAAUUAAUUUAUUGAUAAAUGUUAUUAUUUAUUUGCUGUGUUGUGCACUUUUCGGAAAGGAAACUUAGGAAGCAAAGAAACAAACAGAAACGACCACGAUGGAAAGCAGCCCAACCACCCCCGUGUGCCCCAGCGUGCGUUCAUCUCGGCUGUUCGGACUGCGUGAGGAUUUAUUAUUUAUGAGUUCACAAGGAAGUCGGGGAGGGGGAAAUGAAUUAAACUGCCAGCAAAAAGAGAUCCUGAACUCGGAGUGCCCGCUUCUCUUCUUCUUUCCUGUUAACCUUGUUUGUGACCACCUCCUCCCAGCAGCCGUGGGGUUCUGGAGGCGGUGGUGGCAAUGUGACGAGCAUCCCCCCAGUGCCAGAAGAGAGAUGGGGACAUCUGCUCCAGGCACCAGCACCCCCAGUCGAGCCACCUUCGCUCUCCCUGAGCGAUCAGCACAACCUCAGCUCCACAGCCAACAUCAUUUCUCUGCGCCCCUCUGUUCCCAUCCCCUGCCCCGUCCCCAUGAGCCCCCGGUGCCCUCCUGCUCCCUCAGCCCGCCCCGUGUGAUGUGGGGAAGCAAGUUUGCGGCUCCUUUGUCUGCGCUGCUCCCGAGCAUCCCCCGGGGGGCAGGCUGCAGCUGUUCGUCGACUUGCUCCAAAUUUCUUCAUAUAAUCAAUUGGCCUCGGCAGCCGCUCGGCUCAGCGGAGAUGCGUCAAAGGGGAAAUAAUAAAGAUGGGGAGGGAGCAGGGGAAGGAGGCAGGGAAAGGGGGGCAGCCGGGGGCGAUGGCAGCUGAUGGAUACUGGAGGUGCCCCCAGCACUCCCAGCCUGCCCCACUCACCGGACGCAUCCCCAUCCCCAUCCCUCCCCACCCGCAUGGAGCUGGGGAUGAAGUUAGGGGAGCUCAAGCCCCUGCAUGGCUCCCAGACCUCCGCUGUCCCCAGCUGCCAGCCCAGGCCCUGACAUAUGGUCCUCAUUGUGCCAAGCACAAUGGCAGCACUUCAUGCUCAUUCACUCUCACCCGGCCUCACUGUCGCCUCAGACAGAUUGGGUCCCUCAUCCGCUCUUUGUGCUCGGGGUCUCCGCUCCCUGGGUGCUCCCCUGCUCUGUCUCUGCUCCCACUGCUGCUUCCUGCUCUCUCCAAGCACAUAUCCAUCUCUCCAUGCUCUCCAGGUGAUACUGAGUGCACAGGUAGAUGCUUGCACAGGGAAGCCUUCACCCAACGUUUGAAAAGGAACCAUGCAAAAUAGCCCCAAACGUGCCAAAAAGGGGACUUGCAUGAAACCACCUCUCUGCUGCUCCCUGUCCCCCAAGAGGAGAGGUGCAGGUUCCCGCUUUGGGAAGGGGGAAGCACUCCCUUUGUCACAGCCUGCCAGGGCCUGGCGUGCCCCCAGCGGGUGGCCUUGACCCCAGGGAUGUCACCACAGGCAGCAGCUGCAUCCCCAUCUCUUCUACGUGAGGCGGCAGUGCCAUCUGCUGGGUCCCCAUGACAGGGUCCUAUAGGCUGAGGCCGGCUGCUGGCACCCCAGGCUGGGUGGUGAGAA